CUUCCAAACGAACCAACCAAAGUACUUUACGGGAGAUCCAAGAUGUUUAAGAUCAUCGUCCUGGUUGCCUGUUUGGCUGCUGUUGCCUCGGCUCAGUUCGGAGGAGAGCACGAUGACCAUUACCAUUCGCAUCCGAAGUACAAGUACGAAUACGGCGUCAAGGACCAUCACACCCAUGACCACAAGAGCCAGUGGGAGCAGCGCGAUGGGGACCAUGUCAAGGGACAGUACACUCUGGAUGAAGCUGACGGAACCCAUCGGAUCGUGGACUACAGCUCGGAUCACAAAACUGGAUUCCAGCCUCAUGUCCAGCGCAAAGGACAUGCCCAUCAUCCACACGGGGAGAGCUAUGCUAACAUCGAACAGCACUAUUGAAUGUCCUUGCAUAGAUAAAUCAAUGAAUCAAUGAGGCUAGUAAACUAAACUAAUUUCAAAUCAAUAUAUGGAUUCUUUCCAGUAUUCAAUAUCACAUUCCUCGUUUAUUUUGAUGCUAUGUGUGUGCGGUUAACCUAUCCCAAGCCCUACUAUUUGGCAGCGGAUUGCAGAAAAAAAGAUGUUUCCAUGUGAUUUGUUUAUACAUGCAUAUAACAUCAGUCCCGGACUCAGGGAGGUGUUGAUAAAAUUCUAUUCCGAUGACCCAUUUCGUAUACAGAGCGAAUCGUGUUCCGAGGUCACCGUUCUAUCGA